GAGGAAGACGCGCGGAACCCCGAGCCGUGGCGCGCGGUGGUGACGUAUUUCCUGUCCCGGUAGCAGCGGGGGACGCGCUCACCCGGCGGCCGCGAUGGGGGGGGGAGACCUGAACCUGAAGAAGAGCUGGCACCCGCAGACGCUGCGCAAUGUGGAGAAGGUGUGGAAGGCGGAGCAGAAGCACGAGGCCGAGAGGAGGAAGAUCGAGGAGCUGCAGCGGGAGCUGCAGGAGGAGCGGGCGCGGGAGGAGAUGCAGCGCUACGCCGAGGACAUGGGCACCGUGCGGAAGCGUGAGGAGAAGCUGGAGUGGAUGUACCAGGGCCCUGGGGGGAUGGUGAACAGGGACGAGUACCUGCUGGGGCGCCCCGUGGACAAGUUCAUCCUGGACAAGGUUGGGGACAGGGACGGCACUGGGGACACAGGGCUGCUGCCCGGCUCCAUCUUCGCCAGGGCCGGGGCCAGCUCCGUGCUGGACAUGGCCACCAAGAUCCGCGAGGACCCGCUCUUCAUCAUCAGGAAGAGGGAGGAGGAAAAGAAAAGAGAAGUUUUGAACAAUCCAGUGAAGAUGAAGAAAAUCAAAGCCUUGCUGCAGAACAGUUUGGAUAAAAAGGAGAAAAAGAGAAAGAAGGAGAAGAAGAAGAAGCACAAGAAGCACCGACGGCGCAGCUCCAGCAGCUCCAGCUCCAGCUCUGAGGAGGAGAGGCCCAGAAAUAAGUCUCAGAAGAGGGUGGAUAAUUCCUCCUGGAAGGCUGCUCCUUCCAAAAUCGCAGGAUAUGGCUUACAGGUGAGGGACCCCGAGGCGGGGCCGCAUUCCCGGGGUUCCCCGGGCCAGGACAGAGCCCCCCGGGAGCGCUCCCGGAGCCCGUCCCGCUCUCCCCAGAGGCAUUCCAGCAGGAGGAACCCCCAGAGGAGCUCAGCAUCUCCCUCCAAGCACAGCAAACAGAGUUGCAGGCACAGCAGCCGGGAGGAGAAGGGCAGAGCCAGGAGCCCUUCCCCCAAAAAGAGCUUCAGGCGCCAGCACCCCCCGGGCUACACCAGGAAGAUCUCUCCUGAGGAGCUGGAGCGAAAACGUCAGGAAAUGAUGGAAAAUGCCAAGUGGAGGGAAGAGGAGAGAGCCAACAACCUCAGGAAGCACCGCAAGGAGGAGGAGCUGGAGAAGGAGCUGGAGAAACUCGACUCCAGGGAUGGGAAAUUCUUCCACCGUUUGAAGCUGGAGAGUGCCUCCACCUCCAGCCUGGAGGAUCGGGUCAAGCGCAACAUCCACUCCCUGCAGAGGACUCCUGCUGCCCUGGAAAAGAACUUUAUGCAGAGGUGAAGCCUGUCCUGCCCUGGGCAGGAGCUCGGUGGAUGUUUGUUCCCAGAGGUGAGAGCUCUUCAGGAACAAUUCCAGCUCCCAGAGAGGAUUCCGGAGCUGAGCCCUCAGAGCCCUCUGCGUUUGGGGCCUUUGUGUUCCAUUUCUGACCUGCUGCCAGAGCUUCUCCUCCUCUCCCCACCCUGACUGGUGUCACUUUUGUACAUUAUUACCAGACUCUGCUUCCUCCUGUGCCAGAGCUGAAGAUCUAUUUUUGUUAAUCCUUAAAAUCCAGAGCAGAACCGAUCCACACGUGAGGUAAUCCCAUGGAAUUUGACAGGACUAUAUGAACUCUGUUCCACACUGUCACCCUUUGCACCCAUGCCCCACAGUGGGGUGUCUGCUGGCAUUUGGUGGCUCACAGAUUUAUUUCAUUGAUCUCUGACCCAAAAGAAGCAGCUUCUGAGGGGGGGGUGGAAAAAGGGAAUGAGCCAGAGCGUGGCUGACACAGCAAACAUUUCUCUGGGAUUUUGUAAUGUAAGUAAUGUGCAUAUGUACAGCAGUGUAGAUUUAUUUUACCUUUUUAAUUAAGAAACUUGACUGUCA